CUUUUUAAUUUUUUUUUAUUUUCUGGGCAACUUAUAUUUAAAAAAAAAAGAGCAAUUUGCUGCUGCUGAAAGCUGGGGGAUUAUCAUCACUCAGCUUUCAGUGGGCAUCGAAUUCUGUUUUUGGGGUAAUAAAAUCCUUAUUCUAAUUUUAGUGGGUAUAAAGUCAACUAGAGAAAAGAAUUGGGUUUUAUUCUUAUUCACUCUCACCUCUUAUUUUCCCACCAUCUCUAGGGUUUCAUUUCCUUGAUUGUAUCGCCGAAAUGGGUUUGUCUCUGCUCGAGGGUUUCACCAAGUCGCUUGCGAUGACUGUGCUAUCUGAGAUUGGGGACAAGACUUUCUUUGCUGCUGCGAUUUUGGCAAUGCGUCAUCCACGGAGGUUUGUCCUAACAGGCUGUUUAACGGCAUUAACUGUAAUGACAAUUCUAUCUGCUGUUCUUGGCUGGGCUGCCCCAAAUCUGAUUUCUCGCAAAUGGACACAUAACAUAACCACUGUAUUGUUCUUUGGAUUUGGGCUUUGGUCUAUCUGGGAAGGAUUUACUGAAGAAGGGGAAGCUGAGGAGUUGAAAGAAGUAGAAGCCAAGCUGGGUGCUGAAUGGAAAGCAGAUUCAGGAGUAGCCAAACGAAAUUCUGAGAAGGAAGAUGAUUCAAAGAAACAACGAAGGAGAUUUCUCACACAAUUCUUCUCACCCAUUUUCCUUCAGGCAUUUUCCAUCACUUUCUUCGGUGAAUGGGGUGACAAAAGUCAGAUUGCUACAAUUGGGUUGGCUGCAGAUGCAAAUCCUUUUGGCGUUGUCCUUGGUGGAAUUUUAGGACAAGCAUUGUGCACUACUGCGGCUGUUCUUGGGGGAAAGAGCUUGGCUUCUCAGAUAUCCGAGAAGAUGGUGGCUCUCUCUAGUGGAUUACUCUUCCUAGUGUUUGGUCUCCAGUCCUUACUUGCCACCAUUGGGGGCUCAUGAUGAAUGCUGGCUCUUUUCUAAUCUUAACAUCAAUUGCUUUGAGUUCGACGCGUUGCUGGUGCUAGUUAUUAGGGUCAUAUUGCUUGGGAGAACGGAAGAUGUCUUCCAUAUAUCCCCUCUCAUUCAACGGAGCAUGUAUAAUUGAAAUUUAGAUGAGUUCGAAUGUAUAAUUGGAGGCUCGUCUCUGGCUAUUUUGCAGUCUUUCCUGCCCCCACAUCCUCGGUGCAGUUUUAUAUGCUCAUAUAUGAUAUGUUUUUUUUCUCUUUUAAAGGACGUAGGUGUAAUAGAAAAAUUACAAUACAUCGCUGACUAUAUUUCUACAUCAUAUAUUAGCGAUUUUUCAAUGAAUGUUUUAUUUCUGAA